AUGAAGGCCUCCAUCAAGUUCCGCGACGACGACCGGCCGCUGCUGCGCGCCAAGGUGCCCAUCGGCGUGCUCGGGCUGCCGUUCCUCUCCGGCGUCUCGGCCGGCGGCGAUGCCGAGGACCUCCGCUUCGACCUCUCCACCGCCUUCCCCACCGGCCCGGGGCUCCGCCUCUCCUACCGCCCCAACGACCCGCUCCAGCCCUUCGCGCUCUCCAUCCGCACGGGCCUCGGCGCGCUCGGCUCCCCCGUCCGCGCCCCCCUCGCGCUCUCCGCGGAGUUCAACCUCCUCUCCUCCAACCCGCCCGCCUUCUCGCUCCUCUUCAAGCCCCGGCUCGGCGACUUCUCCCUCGCCAACUCCGUCCGCUCCCCGCCCGUCCCCGACACCCCCGCGCUGCCGCCGCCCCACAAGCUGGCCGACCUCACCAACGGCGACGCCCACGACCAUGAGGGCCACAAGGAGUUCUCCCUCAACGGGAACGGGUUCGCGGCGGACGUCACGGCCGCCGGGACCACCGGCGGAGGGGUGGGCAUGCUGCUGUCCGGGAUGCGCCUCACGACCAGGAGCAUGCUGCCGCUGUGGAACAGGGCGAGCCUGAGGUUCCAGUGGGGGCUGCGUGUGCCACCAGAGCUGAAGGCCGCGCUCGCUGACGAUGGAUACGGGCGGAAGGCGGGGAGCUUGGCCGUCAGCAAGCUGCCGCUGCUCGUCAUGAACAAGAUCACAAUUGAGCACACACCACGCCGGCAUCCGAAGUCUGAAGAGGACAAGAAGGGGAAGAGCGCGCCUAUAGCCCAGGGAGAGGAAUUCUCAUUGAUGAAGAGGCAGCUGGAGGCCCUGAACGAUGAGAGCAUCAUGCUGCGGCACACUGUGGAGGGCCUGCGCGCUGAGAUCGGGGCCAGCCGAGCUAUCUCAGUUCCCAGCAAGGGCGACGCUCGAAGGAUGCCGGCAACGUCGCCACCUCUGCAAAAUCCUUUCCCUGUGAAGCCUGAUCUCCAUGGAAAUGGGAAGGAGCUGGUGGCCAGUGGACCGAAUGAUGCCAGCGAGGAGCUGAAGAAGGCACUCGAGGCCCGGAGGAAGUGA